UCAAGAAUUUCUUAAAUAUGUAUGAAAAGUGUUUCAUGACCCAGAAACACUAAUGCUUAGACACAUCUCUAUGUUUGGCUUCUAAGUCAGAAAACUUGUGAUUAAGCAUAAUUUUUGCUAAGAUUAUGAUGUAUAAUCUAGUAAUGUGUAUCCAACAUCUUUUCUAAACUCUGUGAUCAGAAACCCUGAACGUUAUAUUGCUGUUAAAUAGUCAAGCUAUUGAAAUUACCAUACUAGAACUCUUCCAAAGCGGAUUUAGAAGCAACGAGAAUUCUUUUGAAUCUUAUGGAUGCAACCCCAGGUCUCAGAAUGUCCAGAAGCAAUCAGCUUGGUCUUUAGACAUAAAGUCUAGGAAAUUCUAAUCAAGGUUAGGCUUGGAAACAUUAAGGCAUCAAGGUUGAAACAAGAUGAGAUUUAGAGAGAUCAAGCCAGGCUAGAUAAAAUUCCUUGGUUGAUAUCUUUCGAUAAUAAUUCUGCUGUAGGCUCUAAAACAUCCUUGAAUUGUAGUCAUAAAGGCACCCUGUGUAUUGAAAGUCUUUUCAUGAGCUAUUACUUCUACAAUGGUGGGUAUUUACUUCUAAUUUUACUCCCAAAGUUAUUCUGAUGCCAUGUUUCGGAAUUGAAUUUUACAUACAAAUCAAUCAAACUUCUGAAAGUGCUUAUCUCAAACUCUGAGAUUGCAUUGAUCGAUUAGGUUUUGGUAGGCCCAGUCAAGCUUUAAUUCUUCAGAUUAUGAGAAAGAAUCGUAAAUUUCCUGUGAGUGGUUGCCAAAGUUUAGCAAGCUUGUAGUAACCUUAUAGGCGGUAUAUAUUGGCAGGCAUAGGAUGUUGACUUCCUUGUUGUAUCAAUGGAUCCCCAAAUCAUGGUGUAAACCUUGGUGACUAAAUCCCAAGAAGUAAUUAGUCGUGCUCAAACUCUCUAAUUAUGCAGAUAUUUGCUGUUUAGUUUAAGAAUCUGAGUGAAGAAGCUAUCUGGGCUACAAACCAUGGGUGCUUAAUUUGGAUGAGAAAGGUACUGAAAUACCUCUGGCUCCCUAUCUCUUCGGUAAUAGGCCAUGACCGAAUCAUCUGGCUAGGAUACACAGGAAGGAACUAGCAGUGUUGUAAUAAG